CAUGCGUCCACGGUGUCCGCUCGGGCAGCUAAGAGGCCCUCCAGUCGCCCAGCUCAAUCGCCCGCGCAUGCGCAGACUCUAAACCAACACCCCGGGAGUUGAGGCGCGGGUUUGCUGGCGCGUUUUUUAGCGAAGUCGCACGUGAAGGAUAGCGGUGGCCGGAGCAGGACGCAAACAUGGCAGGCUCAGACAGCAAUCCGUCCUGGAGCCGGCAUCUGUUCAAAGCCGUCCUAAUGGUCCUCGUGGCCCUUUUCCUUGUCCACUCAUCAUCGUCCCAGUCCUAUGGAGACUUUGUCUCACCUGGCCAAGAGAAGAGGGAGGCCUCAGCUGAUCUUUUGACCCAGAUUGGCCGAUCUCUGAAGGAGACACUGGAUUCCUGGCUGGGGCCGGAGACCAUGCAUGUGAUUUCAGAGACCCUGGUCCAGGUGAUGUGGGCCAUCUCAUCAGCCAUCUCUGUGGCCUGCUUUGCCCUGUCUGGGAUCGCUGCCCAGUUGCUGAGUGCCCUGGGGCUGGAUGGUGAAUAUCUCACCCAGGGCUUGAAGCUCAGCCCCAGCCAAGUCCAGACUCUUCUACUGUGGGGGGCAGCAGCACUGGUCAUCUACUGGCUGGUGUCCCUACUCCUAGGCUUGGUCUUGGCCUUACUAGGGCGGAUCCUGGGGGGUCUGAAGCUUGUCCUCUUUGUGGCUGGCUUUGUGGGCCUGGUGAGGUCUGUACCUGACCCCUCCACCCGGGCCCUGAUGCUCCUGGCCUUGCUGACUCUCUUUGCCUUGCUGAGCCGGCUCACUGGCUCCAGGGGCUCGGGGGCCCACCUGGAGGCUAAGGUGAGAGGGCUGGAACGCCAGAUAGAUGAGCUGCGUGGGAGGCAGAGGCGAGCAGCCAAGGCACCCCGGGGUAUGGAGGAGGAAUGACAGGGCUGUCCCACAGUGACACCCUCAUCAUACCAAAGAGCUGAGCUGCUUCUGGGUCUCAUGGCCCUCCUUGCAGCCCCCUGCCCUUUCCUUGCCUCCCCUGCCCUUUCCUUGCCUCCCCUGCCCUUUCCUUGCCUUGUGUCUGAACCCUUGACCCCUUGACCUCUGCACUAGCCCCUAGUCGAGAGAAGAGAGCCUGCCCUCUGCAGGUGCUCAGUCAAGGGUUGGCUCCCUGCCCUUUCUCUGCUCCCAGCCUGCCUCCCCCAGGACAGGCUGGAAGGGCCUCAGCUCCAGCUUCUGCACCCAGCCAGCACCACUGCCACCGAUCUCCGUGAUGAUUAACCCGCUGUUGCCUGGCUUCCUUACAAAAGGCCAUCCCAGGCUGAAGCUCCUGUUUGACUACACUCCAACGCUCUUCUUCCUACUCAGACUCCCAUCUCUCCACAUCCCAAGUCCCUCGAGACCCUCACCGUAUUCCUCAUUGCACAGCAGUGGGAAGGGGCAGGAGAUGCUAGCUCUGAGGAUAAGGGAAAGCAGGGUCCCUGGGGGCCUGCGCAUCUGGGUUCUGUUACAAGUGCCUUAAUAGGAGUCAACAGCACCCGCCCAUUGCCCUUUGCCAUGUAGGAAAGUGUGCCAUGGCUACUUUGUGUUCAGAGAGAGGAGUCCCUCGCAGAAUUUCAGCUCUCCUGUAGCCAAAGCAGAAGCUAACUCUCCUGCAGCUGGGGCCCUGAAGGGACUGUCAAACGCCCUUUGGGGAUUUCAGGGAUUUUGAGAAGGGCAGGAGGACCCAAUGUCUUGCAUUUCUCCUCCUGUCCACUCUCUGCCAUCCCCAAGCAACUGUUGAUCAGUGUUGUGUCCCAGCAGCUGGGAAGAGCAUGACCUUGCCCUGAUCUCUUCUACAGAGCCCAGGGCGAGCCUGCCACUAACCCUUUCCACCAGGGCACUUGCUCACUCUUGGCCUUGGCCUUUAGGGCCCUCGUGGAGGGAGGUGCCCUGUGCCAGGUCCAGCACAAGAUGUGAAGACUAAAUGCCCGUUCUUACUGAUAAGGUUUGGUGUGGAAUCACGGCUGUAGUGAUAUAUAUUUUUAUCGCGCUUGGUUGGUUUUAAAUAAAGUGCACGCUAUUUUAUUAUCUUCUGAAUAAAAUGUAUUUACUCAAAGUC